AUGCCACCAAAAGGUCAGGCUAAAGCUGAUAAGGGACAAAAAAAACUAUUAGAAAAGCAAAAACAGAAACUAAUAGAAGAUAAAACAUUUGGAUUAAAAAAUAAAAAUAAAAGUAAAAGUGUUCAAAAAUAUAUAAAAUCAAUUACUUCUCAAGUUCAUGGUGGAAAAGGUAAUCAAAUUAAUAAUGAAGCUAAAAUAGCACAAUCAAAGGAAGAGAAAAAAAAACAGAUGCAACAACAAGCAUUACUUGCAUCAAUAUUUAAAGGAACAGAAAAUAUUAAAAAAGUAUCUAUUGAGGAUACUAAGAAAUUUGAUCCAACUACAAUAAAGGCAGAACAAAAGAUUGAUCUUUAUAUUGAUCAAAGGGAUCAAAAAAUGAAUAAUUCUGGUCAAUUAAAAAAUCCUUUAGCAGUUGAACCAACAAUAUUUAGUACAGAUAUUAUUUGCAAAUUCUUUUUAGAAGCUGUUGAAAAAAAACAAUAUGGAUGGUUUUGGGUAUGCCCACAAGGAGGAGAUACUUGUAAAUAUCGUCACUGCUUACCAAAAGGAUAUAUACUUAAAGAUGAUACUGAAUAUGAUGAAAUAAAUGCUGAUAAUGAAGAAACAAUUGAAGAAAAAAUAGAAAGAGAAAGACUAGAAUUAUCUGGACCUGGAACACCAGUUACAUUUGAUACAUUUAUAAAAUGGAAAGCUAAAAAGGAUGAGGAAAAGAAGACUGAAAAAGAUAAUAAAGUAGCUGAAUUAAAAAUACGUGGGAAAAACUUUAUGUCUGGUAAGGAUCUAUUUGUCUAUGAUCCAUCAUUAUUUGUUGAUGAUGAAGAUGCUAUUGAAGAAGACUCUUAUGAGAGAGAAGAAGAUAUUUUAAGUGAUUAUGAUGAAAUUAAAACUGAAAUUGAAGAACAAUCUUGUUUAGAUAUAGAUAAAAAUAAUAUACAAGAUAUUCAAAUUAAUGAAUCAAUAUUUCAAAAUGAUGUAGAACUACCUGAAGAUGAAUAA